AGUCUGAGCUUAGAACUUGGCGCGACGUGUUGAUCAAAUCGCUGAAAUGUGCUAGAGCAAACCAGCCGAAUCGAAUAAAAAUAAGUGUUAAGAAGAAUUCAGAAAGUGAUAUAAAAUGGCAAAGCCAAGGUCGUCGGGGGAUGCGGCUCGAAAUGGGAACGGAGGACCGGCGGAUGCGGAGCCCAAGCUCAACUAUUUCCAGAAAUUGUGGCGGUACCGCCACUACCUGGUCAUCGAGCCCUUCUUCUUUUUCUACUUCAUGGCCUCAGUUUUCAAUGCGGUAGCCAUGCAGAAUUUCCCCUUGGACAAGGCCUGUCGUGUGAAUCUGGGAUACAACAAGGUCGUCUGUGAUACAAUGCUGGACAAAUCCGAGCUGGGCAUCGAAUGCGAUGACUUCGACUUUGAGAACACCACUCAGGGCGCCACUCCGGAUCUCGCUGGCUUGGUGAUUGGAGCAACUGGAUUCAAUUAUACAGUGUGCAAGGCGGAACUCGAGGCACAGAUCCUGGCGGCAGAUGUCUCCGGCAAACGUGCCCCUAUGGCUGCCAUUUUCCCUCUGAUUGUUCUUCUUUUCGCCGGAGGCUGGGCAGAUCGAUACAAUAAACGCAAGCCCUGUAUGAUAAUGCCAAUUAUCGGAGAAGCUUUGUCCUUCACAUGUCAGAUCAUCUCUUCAAUUUUCUUUGAUUCCCUGCCCAUGGAGUUUGGUGCUUAUUGUGAAGCUAUUGUUCCUGCUCUUUUUGGAGGCUUGACUUUCUGUCUGAUGGCCAUUUAUAGUUAUAUCACCAUUGCCACGCCCGAAGAGGAUCGUGUGUUUCGUUUUGGCAUAUUUGCAAUGUUUGUAACCGGAGUUCCAUUUAUAGGACAACCGAUUAGUGGUGUUCUCUUCACUACUUUGGGUUAUACUUGGUCUUUUGCAACAGCCAUCGUUUUCCAGUUGAUCGCGAUAUUUUACAUUAUUUUCUUUAUUAAAGAGGUGAAGAGCACCCCUUCAACCACUGCCCAACCCAAUGAACCACCACCACUGCCCACCACCUUGCCACCCAAGCAACAGGGUGCCGACAACAUGGCCUACGAGACGACGAAUUUGGAUGAACUGCCGGGAAACAAGAACGUUAACUUCCAGCUGACUCCCCAUAUGGAGCCCAAAGUGGAGGUGGUGCCUCCGAGACGCUCCCUCCUAAAGGAACUCUUCGAUCCCACUUUGGUGCUGGACUGCAUCCGGUUUCCACUGGUCAAGCGACCCAACAACGGACGCAUGCUCCUGAUCCUCCUGCUGUGUGCUUACUUCCUGACCGUAGGUCCCACAUCGGGCGAAAACGACUAUUGGUAUCGAUUCACGCUGAAAAAGCUCGCCUGGAAUGGCAACGACUUCAGUAUCUACCUGACCUUGUCCAGUGGUGCCGCCCUGGUGGGCACCUUCAUUGGAACCGCCAUUCUGAGCAAGUUACUCAAGGUUUCGGAUUCGAUGAUCGGCAUGCUUUCCGCCCUGUCCAUUGUCUGCUCCCGCGUUCUUUUUGCUUUCUCCAGCACUACUACCUCAUUUUACGUGGCAGGAGUGGUGGACAUGUUUGUUAGUUUGCGAGUGAUUGCCAUCAAGACCAUUGGUUCAAGCAUCGUGGCUGGAGAUGAGCUAAGCAAAAUGUACUCCAUCUUUGGCAUCAGUGAGCCAAUUGCGCAGUUCAUCUUCCCGCCCAUUUUCAGUGAGAUUUACAAAAGCACCGUUGACUCAUUCCCAGGUGCUAUUUGGUUGUUUGGUGAAAUUUUUUAUAUUCCCAAUGUCUUGGUCUUUGUGGUGUGCUAUUUCCUCCUGCGACGUAGAAAGGCCAAUGAGGAAAAGAGUGCUGUGGAGUUAGAACAAAAUGGAGCCAAUGGUGCCAAUGGAGCCAAUGGUGCCAAUGUGCCCGAUAGCGAAAUAACUAGUCUAUAACGUAAUUAAUGCCAGUCCGUGUUAUAUAUUUUUUAUAUUUAUAAUAUAAACUGUAUAUUUUUGUAUA